AUGCCGACACAAGCCUCUAGUCAAGCUAUGGAUCGAGAGCAGCUAGCGAGUGUGAUGCGCAAGCUGGUCACCGAUGCCGACGAUUUUUUUGCCCAGCAGCAGAAAACGCUCCAGCUUUCCUAUGCUGAACUGAACAGCCGCAUUGAGCAGCUGCGUAUGCAUGUGCAGCAGCAGCAACCGCAGCUCAAUCCGAUGCACUCGGCCAACGGCGGAUACAGCAACGUGAACCCGUCUCUGUUUCCAACGGUGCACAGCUUCCCGAAUGCAGAUGUACUGGGGAUGCCCGUAUCGAAGGCCGGCAUGAUCGGCGGUGUCACGGCGACACCGCAUGCCGCCAAUGCUAUGAACGCCACACCACUGCGAUCGAAUACCGGCGCUGCCGUCCGCUCAAUGAUAAGCAGCCUCAACGGACCCAACGGUGCUCUGGGCGUGAGUGAGGCAAUGCCAGAGAACGCGCGCUCGAACGGCUCGCUUGGAGGCUACCUGAGCAGCGCCCUCAACGGCAGCACUGUGGCGGCAGCGGGUCCUGGGUCACUGCGCUCCUACAUGGCGGAUACCGUGACAUCACCGAAGAAGCAGCUGGCUCUCUCGCAGCCGACGAACAAGAGCUCUAGCAUGCUACCGCCACACAUGGCCGGAGGGUUGAGCGCUAUAUCCACAACGGAUGACUCCAUUAACGGCGAGUUUUUCUCAACCGCACCGACCAACAACAACCUGAGUCACAACAACUCCUUGAUGGCGUCUCCGCAAGCUGUGCAAAAGCUUUCGCUGGUGGAACUAAUUGAACGCUUCAACAUGUCGUCCGCCUCAGCAAACACGACCAAUUCCUCUUCCUUCAACUUCGACUCGCUCUAUGAGCAACUUACCGGUGGCUGUGGCCCAGAGGAUUUGCCGCAGAGUCCCAUCAACUACACAGACAGCGCACCGAACUUGUUCCCAACUAGCCAGACAGGUAACGCUCAGAUGUUCCCACGCGACCUUCAUCACGACAACGGCGGCGACCAGCUCCCGGACGCGACCGGCCUCGGCGGCGGUGUGAUGGCCAAGAAUAGCAUCCCUAUCGACACGCUACGUGCUUUGCAUGAUCAGCACUUAACGACAAGCAUGCGCGUCGCGUACGAGCGGGGGCGGCCGAAGGUCUUGAAGAUUCCUGGUGGAGCGGCCGACACGCCUGAGAAGCUUGGGAUUGAUCCUCACAGCAACUGUGAGGUGCUUGUGGAGUUUAAACGGAAGCGCGUGCUCCAGUACGAAUCGCACGAGUACGUUGCGCCUGGCAGCUACGUCAUUGUAGGCGGCGACCGCGGCGAGGACCUGGGUCUUGUCGUGUACGUCUGGUGUGAGGUGGCACAGGAGGGAAGUGGCCACGUGCACGCAGUCAGUGGGGCUGAUACGUUGGACAGGAGUGUCGCUGACAUACGCAAGCGUAAGGUGAUCGGGGUAGGCCUCACUGACAGCAUACUGCCGCGCAGCAUGGGAGUUGGAAACGGCACCGUCUUGCGGCUGGCAUCUGAGACAGACGUGCAGCAGCUAAUCGGCACCCAGGCAGAGCUGGAGCGUCGCGCGAUUGACGUUUGUGCGCAGCUCGUGCUGGACCACUCUUUGCCCAUGGUGAUUAUCGACGCUGAGUACCAAUUUGAUAAGAAGAAGCUGACGUUCUUCUACGAGGCUCAACAACGGAUGGACUUCCGAGAACUCGUACGCCACCUCUACAAGACAUUCCGGGCACGUAUUUGGAUGGAGUUGGUGGACACGUAA